AUGCAUUUAUCACUGGAUACCAUGAGCAUGGUGGACGACAGCUGCCUCUCGCCCAGCAACUUCCACGACUUGGCCAAAGGCGGAGGCGUCACGGUGGGGGGCCACGUCCACAGCAUCGACGUCAUUCUCGGAUUCAGUAAAGAUCAGGAUUCCCUGCUCGGCCCCGCCGGGGUCCCGGGGCCUCAGAAGGUGGGCGUGGAGGGCCUGGAGGAUCCUGGGAAGCAGCACGAGUCCCACCCGUCCUACAGUGGCCACCUUCAAGACAAUGGCUCCGCGCAGCAGCACCAGUAUCAAGAUGGCGAUCUGUUUACCAACAAGUGCGAGGAGGAUCUAAGGAAGAGCGUGGAGAGCGACGAAGCCAAGUCACCCGAGCCGUGCAAGGACGAUCAGCCCAAGAAAAAGCAUCGACGCAACCGCACCACGUUCACUACCUACCAGCUGCACGAGUUGGAGCGUGCCUUCGAGAAGUCCCACUACCCUGACGUGUACAGCCGCGAGGAGCUGGCCAUGAAAGUCAACCUCCCCGAAGUCCGAGUUCAGGUGUGGUUUCAGAACCGAAGAGCUAAAUGGAGGCGUCAGGAGAAAAUGGACGCCAGCACCAUGAAGCUCCACGACCCGCCCAUGCUGUCCUUCAACCGCCCGGCACCGGUCCACACCACCAUGGGACCCAUGAGCAACUCCCUGCCCUUGGACCCGUGGCUGACUUCCCCCUUGUCUAGCGCCACGCCGGUCCACAGUAUCCCAGGCUUCAUGAGCCCGGCGCAAGGCCUCCAGCCCAACUACCCCGGCCACGGCUUCCUCAACUCCAACCCGCACCCGUCCAUGGGGCAGGGAAUGCAGAGUAUGGCGCCGCCCCCUUAUCAGUGUCCGGCGCCGUACCCCGACAAGUUCCCGCUGGAGGACUUGGACCAGCGCAGUUCGAGUAUUGCCGCACUGAGGAUGAAAGCCAAGGAACACAUCCAGUCCAUGGAUAAAACCUGGCUACCCAUGUGA